CCCAUUUCCCCGGGUCCUUUGAUCACGCGCCUGACGGCUUUUCCGGGGCUCGGGAGCCAACCGAGGGCGUUCCUGUCGGGGCUGCAGCGGCGGGAGGUAAGGCAUGGCCAGGCCGGCUGGGCUGCAGAGAGCCGGCACGGGUCCACGCCUCGGCGUGUCGGGCUUCCAGGACGUUCGGGCACGGGGCAGCCCUUCCGCGUUCCCCAACACCCCCCACCUCCGGCCUGAGCCUCCCUGCGCCGUGGGAACUACCUCCUGUCCGCUGUUGCUGGCCAGCAUCCUAGCAGCGGCCUGACGCCCUCCCCACCCUGGCAUGCCCCCUUGACCUGGGACGAUGAGCAUGCGACUGGGGAGCCCGGUGGAGGCACCCUCCCGAGGCACCACUGCCCAUGCUGACCACCGAGCCCUCCGGCUGCCGAUGUCAUGAGUAAUACCACUGUGCCCAAUGCCCCCCAGGCCAACAGCGACUCCAUGGUGGGCUAUGUGUUGGGGCCCUUCUUCCUCAUCACCCUGGUCGGGGUGGUGGUGGCUGUGGUAAUGUAUAUACAGAAGAAAAAACGGGUGGACCGGCUACGCCAUCACCUGCUCCCCAUGUACAGCUAUGACCCAGCCGAGGAGCUGCAUGAAGCUGAACAGGAGCUGCUCUCUGACAUGGGAGAUCCCAAGGUGGUACAUGGCUGGCAGAGUGGCUACCAGCACAAGCGGAUGCCGCUGCUGGAUGUCAAGACGUGACCUGACCUCCUUGCCUCACCCUUCAGAGCCUGGGGCCCUGGACCACCUGGGGCCAUCGUGGGACUCUUCCCCUGCCCACCUGCAGUCACUCAGCUCCUCCUGCUGGGUACUUCUCCCUCUGCCCACUCAGCAGCACCCACUUCCCAGGCGCUCACUGUCACCUCACUGUCCCAUGGCCUUCUGCCCUUUGUGGGUGUCAAGCUCACCACCCAUCCACAGGCACUCAAUGGGAGGAGCUUUUCCUUCUGGGGUGGGGACGGCUGCAAGACAGCUUUGCUUUCUCCAGCCCUCCUGGGCUUGGUUUGAGCAUAAAUCCCCAGGGAUUUGGAGUUGUUUCCAUGGUGAUGGGGCCAGAUGUAUAACAUUCAGUAUAUAUUUUGUAAAUAAAAUGUUUUGUGAUUA